GCACUGAGCAAGCUUGCACUAGAGAGAGUCUGCAGAGGGGGGGAGAGAGAGAGAGAGAGAGAGAAGGGAAGAGGGUAUGUGUUAGCAAGACGUUCAAGGAGGCAGACACCUGCCAAUUCCCCUUCUUGCAAAUAGAAGCUUAAGAUCACAGUCUGGAGGGCAGGUCCCCCGUAGAGAAAUGUGCUGAUUUCAUGCCCAUCAAUUCAUCUUCAACCAGCGGCAGGUCGUGGGGCUUAGGAGUUCCGCCUGAAGAUCAUGCCAGGUUUGUACUGCCUGCCAAACUGGACUGCCCUCCCUUUGAAGAGCUCGUGUGUGAAGGCCUGUGCCAAUGGGUAUUCGCUGGGAUUCACGGCCUACCUUACUUACAUCAACUUGGAGCAUGAGCCAGUAGAAGGAGUCUUUGUUUAUCCGCUGGAGGAGUCAGAGGUGGUGGCCGGUUUCGAAGCUGUGACAGGAAGCCGAACUUUCACCUUCCAGAUCCAGAACCGGCACAAGGCAGAGGAUUGCUGCCUCGACUGUGGCUCCAAUUCAAACCAACCUCUCUGCUGCACUAAUGGUCACUUGAUCCUCGAUGAAGACUUGGCCCGUUCCAUGUUCAUCAUGAGCACCGGCCCCGUUGGGCCCUCAGAGACCUUGACUGUGGUCUUCAGCAGCAGCCGGGAGUUGGCCACCUUGCCCAACGGGGCCCUGCGCGUCAUCUUCCCCUCUGUGCUCACGCCCUUCGUUUUAUCUGCCCCAGAAAGUGAAAGUGAGGCAGGAGGCUUAUGUGACGACAGGUUGGCUCUAUGUUCCACGAGUUGUUUUAGAUCCAGUGCGCUGAAGACCGAACAGUCUUUCCUCCUGCCGCCCAAAGACGCUGAUAUCUUCAAAGGAGACGUUUAUAAUCCUUUCCCCUAUGAGUUCAGUUUCGAAAUGCUGGUUAAGGGACCCUGUUUGCUAGCAGGUUUGGAAAGCCCGUCCCAUGCUCUUCAAGCUGACGCCAACCCUUAUGCCAGCUCCGCCUCAACGAUAUGCAUUACCUUGGCAGAGAAACACAAGUGCGACCGCAACUUGGAAAUCAUCUUGUAUCCUUGUGAACCCCAUCGCCCGCACCUCGUCAUCGAAGACGGCGCCAUGACUUACCAAGAAUACGAGGCUCACAUAAGGAACCGGCAGGACUACGCGCGGAUCGCCAAAAAGGACAGUGACGGGGAGAGACAGGUGGCCUUUGUCCAGAAGAGAUUCCACAAAGACAUCUUCCACAAUCCUGUGCUGAUGCUGAACUUCUGCCCUGAAGUGGGCAGCACGCCCACUGAUUUCCAGACGGUGACACGGGAAAUCCUCUUCCUGGUAGACCGAAGUGGAAGCAUGUGUGGCUCCAGCAUUGAUGGAAUCAAGGAUGCUUUGCUGGUGGCCAUAAAGAGUCUUCCUUCGAACACUCUGCUAAAUAUUGCUGGCUUUGGCUCCAACAUCAAGCCCCUCUUUAAAACCAGCAAGCCCUGCAACAGCGAGACUCUCAGAUUGGCCUGUGAAUACAUUCAGAAGCUGCAGGCUAACAUGGGCGGAGCCAACCUCCUUGGCGCACUGUCUUGGAUCUUGGGGCAGCCUCUUCAUUGCGGGUAUCCACGCCAGCUCUUUGUCUUCACGGGCGCGAGCGUGAGCAACACAGGCAAAGUUAUUGAGCUGGUUCGCAGGCAGGCGAGCACAGUCAGGUGUUUCACCUUCGGUCUGGGAAGUGGUGCCUGCCGUAGGCUCCUAAGGGGAAUGGCUAAGGUGAGCCGAGGUCAAGCCGAAUUCCUGAGCCCAGGUGAAAGGCUGCAGCCUAAGCUGAUGAAGUCUCUGAAGAAAGCCGUAGAGCCAGCUGUGAGUGACGUCACGAUUGACUGGUAUGUGCCAGACACCAUGGAAGCGUUGCUGUCUCCCAAUGAAAUCGCGGCCUUGUAUCCUGGAGACCGGCUCAUCAGCUACUGCACGCUUUACCACACUGCCAGCUUCCGGGACAAGAAGGGCAGAGAGCCGUUGUACCGGAGCCUGUCCAAAGGUUCUACAGGCUCUGUGUUCCAGUCCCAGGAGGAGGUCAUAGGUCAAGAAGCAAUCCGUUCACACUCACAUGGGGAGAGCCAAGACAUUUUUAAAGCCCUUCAUGAAAUUUCCCGUGAGAUAUCCUUGGAGUUCUCUGCUGGGGACACAGAAGAGUCAGUGAAGAGUGGAGACAUCUGGAAGCGAAUUUACCAACCCUCCUACAUCCAAGAACAGUAUGUGCUCACCCACUGCUCCGUCAGCACCGACCGCAGCCAAGGAUUGCUGUCCCACAGCUCCACCAGCAGCGAGUCCACUGGCUCCAGGGACGUACCCCCGGACGGAGGGUCCUUAGCCCCAGCCCCCAAAGGCUGCUCUCAGCAAGGCCAGAAGAGCGUUUCCCUCUGCAAUUCCUCCACAAAGUCUGCUCCCAUCCCACAAUCUCAGCAUGGGGCUGGGACUAAGGGAUCAGUGGCUUUGAGUUCCGAAGAGUUGGUUCGAAGGAAUAAAGUUCUAGCCCGAGCUGCCCUCUCUGGGCGCAGUUUCUCAUCCCCGCAUGGUGAACUGGAUGCCCAUCGACUGCGCCGGGCCCUGGAGAAAGUCUCCAAGAAGAGGAACCGGUCCCUGGAAGGGAAACUGGAUGAGAUUGGGCCUGAGCUGCAGAAGAUGCGGAAGAGCAUCGCCGAUUCCAGCAACUUAUUAUCCCCAGCCCACCUAGACUGGGACACUCUAUUAUGGAGCUCUCCUGUAUCAUCUUUCAAAGCCCUCCGCCGCCAGCCACCGAGCAAGGGGACAGCGAAGGGAACGAUUUGCCGUCCCUCCGGGAAGCCGGUCUCCUGGGAGCUGACUGCCGCCUUGGACUCCCUUUUCCUCCCCCGGGAGGGCCAGGCCAAAGAGGAGGCGUCCAGACAGUGUCAGCAGAAUAAGACCUGGGACAAACUGCUUCACCGUCUGACCGCCAGCUCCGUCAUCCGGGACAAUGAGAACGUGGCCCAGAGAGAAGCCGAAUUAGAAAAUGAACUCCAGCCCCCAGGUAACCCCAGUCCAGAGCUGACAACCUUACUGGUUUCUCGCGGAGAUUCUGCCUUAAGGCUAUCCAGUCCAGCAAGGCGUGCAACACGCCCUCGAUCUACGAUCGCCCACAUGGUGCCCUCACCCGGUGACUCCUCCACUCAGGAAACCUUAUUCUCUGCCCUUGAAGUUCGCAGCUUGGGGGGCUUGUACAACCACCAGCAGAGGUCCAGGUCUAGCAGCCGGCGUCGGCAUAGUUACUCAACAGGUUUGGGACGGCGGCAGGACUCAGAGGAGCUGGACGAUGCUCCGGUUUCUACAGAAGAGAUUCCUCCUUCUCCUGUAAAUGUCAAUUCUGCUUCCUGUGAAAAGCAAAAUUGUUCUGAGGGUAUUGAUUCCAGCCCUUCACCUGUCUCUGUGGGUUCUCAGAAGUCAGUGGAGAACUUUGUAGGCUCCAGGUUCAGCAUCAGCCGGCGACGGGGACCAGGCUUGGCACUCCGACCACAGUGCCUGACGCCCCCAAGCGAACUAUCCUCUUGUGACAGUGCCAUUCACGACUACCUUCCACUGGUGCAUCUGCAGCAGGCCCCCGGCAUGUUCCAGCUGAGCGAGAGCUUCUCUGAGGUCGUCCAGAUCCCCCUGGACCGCCUGUGCCGGGCCUCUCCCUACGCCUCCCACCGUGCCAGCCUCAGCCCCGCCUCCAGCACCUCCCCCUGGGCGCUGAUUGCCAAGGGGAGCCCCAAACCGGCGGCCAACCCCCCGUCCCUGGACGGCGGCGAAGAACUCGCGGGAGCGAGCAAAGAGGGGACGAUGGAGCCGAGCUCCCCCCGCUCCCAGAGCACCUGCUCAGAGGUGCUGAGCGCUGCCGUGUGGGCGCAGGCGGACAGCGGGCGGGGCUCAGAGACGGACGCCUGCGACCACUCACCCGACGCCUCAGAAGCGAGCCUCAACCUGCAGGAAACAGGCCUGGAGGCUGAAGAGGGUGACUUGGAGAGCAUGAGCUGGGCCACAGCUGUGGCCCUGGCGUGGCUGGAGCACCGCUGUGCCGGGUUCUUUGUGGAGUGGGAGCUGCUGGCGGCCAAGGCCGACGCCUGGUUGCGGAGCCAGCGGUUGCCGGAAGGGGUGGAUAUCGCCGCCCUUAAAGGAGCGGCGCGGCAGCUCUUCCUGCUGCUCCGCCACUGGGAUGAGAACAUCAAGCUGAACAUGCUGUGUUACGACCCAAACAACGUGUGAAGAGCGGAGAUGGGAGGAGCCUUUGGCUUAGUGGGCACAAAUAAAGAGAAUUGGUUCAGA